AUGAGCAGCCGCUCGGAGACUGAGGAGCCCUCGGGCCACAAGAACACCUUCACCGAGGAUGACACUUCCAUGCUCAGCCAACACUCUGAAUAUGUCACCGAGCUGCUCGACGAACGUGCCCGUCUCGGCAAACCGGAGCAACCCUUCAAGCAUCUGCCGCGCCUUAUCGAGGCCGAGAUCAACCGCUUUUUGGGGAGCCUGACUACGGAGAGCAGCCGCACCGAAAAACUGCCCAAGCGCAUCAUGCUCCAGGAGAAGUUGAUCGUGCCCGUCGACAAGUACCCCAAGUAUAACUUCGAACCGCUGAACGUGAUUGUCCAAUGUGAGGACUACGAAGAUGUGUGCAGGAAGAAGCUGGAGUACGCGAUCGAUAAGGUCAACGUUCUACUGAACCCUCCGCCUGAGGGCAAAGAUGAGCUGAAGCGUAAGCAGCUGAUUGACCUCUCCAUCAUCAACGGCACAUACCGCCCGACGGUGGCCACGAAACCUCACUCGGGCUCUCACAAUCGUAGCCAUCUCUCCAGCCCAGCGGACAGCUAUCACUACAGUCCUCGCGGAAGACUUGAGCGCGAGCCACCAUUGCUCGACCUCCAGAAACUGCUCAAUUUGCUUUCGCCGAAAUCUACCAAUGGGCAAAGCCAAGAGGACAACAAGGAUUACUAUAACGUCCACUUCCCGGGAUGGGGCAAGCGAUACGACGAUGUCUUCAGCGAAGAACAAGUAGCAGACUCCUGGAAGCCCUACACGCGGGAGGCGGCAGAUGAAGCCCGCGAGGCAGUGCGCCUCGCUAAAGCGCUGGAGCAAAAGAAAAAACGCAGCAAGAGCCUGGGCUCGAAAUCAAUCACUCGCGCUAGGGGAAAGUCAGUCACACCAAGGAGCAAAGUGACCAACUCGGAAGUCCGAAGCAACCCUCCCAAGCGCAGCGAGGCCGUUGUGGUCAAGGUUAAAGAAGAGCAGCAGUCCGAGCCGGAGGAGCUAAAACCGUUCGCCAUGGAGCUCCGCUUCCCGAAAGCGCUGGGCCAGAUCCUCGUUGAUGAUCAUGAUCUGGUCGAUCGCCGAGGCCAGCUGCCCACGUAUCCCGCAAAACAUCCAGUCGACGAGAUUCUGAAAGAGUACUUAUCUUCUAUCGGCAAACUGCGUGACGGCGUGUUGGAGCGGGAGAAGCCGGUGCUCGGUGAGGACGAGGAUCUAGUGGAGCCACUCGUCUACUUGCGCUUCUUUUUCGACUGUUGCCUCGGCACUUCCUUGCUCUACAAGACCGAGCGUUCGCACUACGAUGCUCUGCACCUAAAAGAUCCGCUGGACCCAAAAUACAAUGCCUCCCAGGACGCACUUCCGUCCAAAUCGUAUGGCCUGCCGCAUCUCCUCAGGCUCCUGGCGUUCAUGUCGAGGAAGUACCAAGAGAUCCCUAUGUCCCAGGGCGAGAUUGAGAGAAUUGCUCGUAGCCACCAGGGCUUCUUGGACUGGUUGGAGACGAAGGAGGGCGAUUACUUCGACCGUAGCGCCUACUUUGUGCCGCUGGAUGAGAACCUCGACCAAGAGAGGAAGGAACACUUGUUUUCACUCGAAUCAGCAAAUCAACUACGGGAUGAUGAGAAGCAAAAAUUCGAACGCGAAUUAGCGAAGCUCCGCCAAGAAAACGAGCAGAUAAAGGCGGCCACAGUCGAAGUGUCAUUUGAGGAAAACUCACCAAACACCAAUAUGGGGGCAUCAUUUGUAACCGAAGAUGAACAGUCGGGCCGUUCAUACGCCGAAUACCUGGAGCUGCAAACUGUGAACGCUGAUCUGAACUCGCGUUGCCUGGAAGCGGAGGAGCUAAUCGUUAAUUUGAAGGCGGAACUUCGGACGUGUGAAGAGCAACUACAAGCCCUACAGGCGGCGCAUGAUGACAAGUUGUUCAAGAUGAAUACGCUGAAUAUCGAGUUGGAGAAGCUGAAGGAAGAAAAAGAAGAGCUCACGUCUUCACAGGCAGCCAGCAGCGCCUGCAGUUACUUCGACCCAGCCGGCGGCGAUUCUAUUUUUUCCGAGCUUACCAACGACCACAGCCACCUCGAGCAGACGGUCCGAAGUUUGCAGGAACAACUGGUGGAGACCUGUCAAGAAAAUACCAAGCUAAAAGCCGAGUGCGAAGAGGUGUUGCGGCUUCGCGAUGAGAGUACAACGACCCUCUUACCAAAGACAGGUGACGACAACUCGAGCCUGACCGUCGUCGCUGCGCCCAUCGGCGGGACUUACGUCGGCGGCAUGUUCGGAGUGGCCGUCGGUAUGCUACUCGUGUUCGCCUUCCUGCUCUACUGCUUGUGCCUCCGCCCGGUCCGGUUCGUCAUCGACGCCGUUCAUUUGAACAGCCUCUACAACAAACACCAACUGAUC